AUGUACAUUGACUGCUAUAUCUACUGCCCAAAAGUCACUCAGGGCACUGCUUCCAGUCUCAUUCUCUUGACGACUAUAAAGUUCGUCGCACGUCUGACCUUCUCUGACUCUAGUAACUAUCCUCGCACUAUGCGUGUCUAUCACCCACCACCUCAACUCACUCCUACAGACAAUGUUUUCACACAACCUUCGAAUAUGGGUCCAGACCAUCCCAAUGAUAACCAGCUUCCAGGCUUUAGUGCUACCUUUGGUGGCUUUGAAUCUCACAUGACCCACCUGGGUUUAGGUCAGAAUCAAUUCACAUAUCCACCCCCUCUCCCUCCUUCAUCGAAGCCCACUUCUGCAGGGCGGAUGCAGCAAAUUGAUCCCUCAUUAAUCGACUAUGAACAUGAGGAUGACAAGGAUGAAUUUCCACCUCUGUCCACUUUCCUUAGUGAUAUCAUGAAGCCAGCCAAGAGGGUUGCAGGGAGCCAUCACAUGAGCACCACUAUCCCAACUGCCAAAGCCAAAGGCAAGGCACAUGUCAUGGACAGUGCCCCACUAAAACGUGGCCGUCAACAAGGAGCACCCAAUUAUAAUGAAGACAACAUUGAUGCCCUCCUUGAUGCCUGUGAAUCGUGUCUACCUGUGGGUGCAAAGAGUUGGAAUUCUGUCGAAGCAGCUUUUGCACAGUGGGCACAUGAAAAUGACUGUCCAGCUCGCUCGUCAAAAUCUCUUGAACUCAAAUUCAAGCAACUGAUGGGAGAUGCAGAAUGUCCUCCCUAUAUUGACCGAGCACACUAUAUUGACAGCUUGAUCAACGAGAAAGCUGGCAUCCGUGAUCUUAAUGACGAAGAACUUGCUGAUGAAGUAGUCAAAAUCUCGGACGACAAUGAAGAUACAAUGGCCUCAGUAGUACUUCCAAAAAUGAAACCAACCCAGAUCAAGCUUGAGGUCCACGAGCCUUAUCUUGGCCCCACUGCUCACUGUGCAACAUCCCCUACUAUUUCUCGUCCUCCUCGUAUAUCACACAGUGCAGGAGUUGACCUUCUCACAACCAUUUCUGCAUCACUCGAUCCUCGCCUUCAGGCUGUCCGAGAUGAAGAGCACUCUGCAUGUGCCAUUCAGUCUAUGCAGGUCUUAUCUUUGACCACUCAGUUGUGUGAUGCACAUGCAACUAUUAAUAAGCUUCAUGGCCAGCUUGCACAACUUGAAAUGGCCAAGUUUAUGACUCGCACUGGACACCAGCAGCAAGAGCGUGUUUGUCGUGAGACAAUAUAUAGGGAUGGAGGCCACUCCACUAUCUGGGUCACACCUGAUGAUGCUGGAGAUGACUUCAAUUAUGAUGACCAUGAUAUUGCCUCGUGA